GAGAGAGUGAGAGUCAAGGAAGCUUGAGAUGGUCGCCAUAUUGUGUAGCCAGUGUCAAUAACAAUAAUAGAGACUUUCUUCCAUUUUAUUGUGCGUGUUGUGAGGCUUCUGGCCUACCAUUAUGAACACAAGUCCCAGCAAACACUCCUCAUAGCAAUGGCAGCAUCUAGAAAAUUACAAGGUGAAAUUGAUCGGUGCCUGAAAAAAGUGGCGGAGGGUGUGGAACAGUUUGAGGACAUUUGGCAGAAGGUUCACAAUGCCACCAAUAGCAACCAAAAAGAAAAAUAUGAAGCGGACCUCAAGAAAGAGAUCAAGAAGCUUCAGAGAUUACGGGAUCAAAUCAAGUCCUGGCUAGCCUCAGGUGAAAUUAAGGACAAAUCACAACUCCUUGAAAACCGCAAGCUAAUAGAAACGCAAAUGGAAAGAUUUAAAGUGGUAGAAAGAGAAACCAAGACCAAAGCGUAUAGUAAGGAGGGUCUCGGGGCAGCACAAAACAAGGACCCAGCUCAGCGGGAGAGGGAAGAAGUGAAUAGUUGGCUCAGUUCCUCAAUAGAUACUUUAAACAUCCAGAUGGACCAAUUUGAGUCUGAAAUUGAGUCAUUAUUGGCAACUCAAAAGAAGAAGAAAAUGGACAAAGACAAGUCUGACAGAAUAGAAGACCUCAAGGAGUAUAUUGAUAGACAUCAGUAUCACAUUAAAAAAUUGGAAAUCUUAAUGAGAAUGCUUGACAACCAAUCCAUAGACUGUGACCAGAUUAAAAUGAUUAAAGAAGAUGUUGAGUACUACAUUGAGUCAUCGCAAGACCCAGACUUCAAUGAGAAUCUUGGGUUGUAUGAUGACAUAGACAUGGAGGACCUUGACUACCCUACUCCAGAAAUAACGGUAGGCAAGCAUGUGUUGGGAGGUAGCCAUGACAGUACAGAUGGGUCAACACCAUCUUCUGCGUGUGGGUCUUCUCCAGCGCCGUCCCCAGCCACCAACCAUCCCAAUGACCAUGACGCUCCUACCACCCCUCAUGACAAGAAGAGGAGUAGUAAAAAUGAAGAAUCCAGAUCUAUAAAUUCGGCAAGCCAACCAGUUAAACCUUUGGUAGUAAGACCAACCACCAACAACAUCUCCAGUAACAGCACUAUGAGUAACAGCAGCAACACCAACAGCAGCAGUUCUACUACUGCUGCCACCAUUGUUGCCGUUAAUUCCAACUCAUCAUCCAAGCCAACACCACCUCCAUCCACCCCAACUAAACCUGUAUCAGGUUCCACUUCUCAAUCCACUCCAAACAACAGCAGCACAAGCUCAGGCAUUUCCAACCAUCUUGUCACCUCAACCUCACAACAUAACAGUACAGGAAGACAUUCACCUGAAUCAAGUGGAGUGAUGAACAGUGGUAUUGUCAAUAAUACUGUUGGAACUGGCAGCAGCAACAGCAGCAGCAGCAGUAGCAGCAGUAGCAGCAGCAGCAGCAGCAGCAGUUGCAGUAAUAGCAGCAACAAUAGCAGUGGCAACUCCGUAUCCAGUAGUACUGGUAGUGGAAAUAGCAGCAGCAGCAACAGCAGCAGCAGUAAUGGGCCCAGCAGUGGAGUGAGCAGUAGUGUCAGCAUCACAUCCCCUCAGGGCAGUCUGUCAGGAAGUGCGACUACCACACCUGCACUACCCUCUGGGGUACCUACUCCAUCCACACCAGCAUCACAUCCCGGCCAUACACCAACUAUGAAUUCAGCAGAAACUGCAGUAUCUCUGAAGGUGAUAGCACAGAAGAAAGUCAAUGAAGUCAAUUCCACGUCAAUACCACCAUCAGUGUUGGAUACCAAUAAUUGUGUUGUGAGCAGCACUACUACCACUACCACCAACAAUACAAAUAGCAACAAUAACACUACCAGCACCACCUGUUCAACGAAGAACGCAGGAACCUCAGAAGCCCAUAUUCCUCCCCUAUUAGGAGUUGCUCCUCUUGGACCAGCACAGCUGACAGUGGAACAUGAGUUACAGUUUAAGAUGUUACAAGCGGCCUUUUUCCAUAUGCCUCACCCGUCCGAUUCGGAAAGACUGAGAUUACACCUGCCGCGCCAGCCCUGCCAGACACCUCUAUACUACCCACAGGUCUCACCACCAAUGUCAGAUACAGUUGACUUCUUCCAGAGGCUAUCCACAGAAACUCUAUUCUUUAUCUUUUACUACAUGGAAGGUACCAAAGCCCAGUAUCUGGCUGCUAAGGCACUUAAAAAACAAUCUUGGAGAUUUCAUACCAAAUAUAUGAUGUGGUUCCAGCGGCAUGAAGAACCAAAGGCUAUCACAGAUGAAUAUGAACAGGGCACGUACAUCUACUUUGACUAUGAAAAUUGGGGCCAGAGAAAAAAGGAAAAUUUCACUUUUGAAUACCGGUUCUUGGAAGACCGGGAUCUGAACUAAGAUUCUGACGUUAACCAAGGAUCUCAUUCACACUUCCCUUGGCACACUUUCCACACUGAGGGCAGUUGUGCUUUUCUGAGUGAUAAUUAUUCAUACUGUAAGUGCAAGGAGGGGAUGUUGGAGAGGGCUUGGGAAGGACCAAGGCAGGCUGCUAGGGAGAAUAUUUUUCCUUUCUCAGACCAGACCUCGUCCCAGCCCUACCACUACCCGUGUUGUUCACUGCUUCCCAAUAAAGUCAGGUGUCAUGGCUGCCACAACCACUGUUAUACCAUGAUAUGUGAUAGUCUCUUAUCUAUUCCAUUUGUAGUUUUUGUAAAUCUUCCCCCUCCCAAAUAGAGCAUAUCUAUUUUUACGAGGAGAGUUGUCUCUUGCCCAUACCACAGACUUGUGUUUCCACAAGGUCUGCAAGCUUGAGUUGAGUACAAUUACCCACACACACACCACUCUUUGAUCUCGUCUUUCAAAUUCUAGGGUUUAGAUUUGUAAGUUUUAUGCAUUGUACAUUUUUGCUCAAAUAUGUGGAUGCAGCAUUCUGUGCAAGUAGUAUUUUGUUGCCAGCCAGUAUUAUCCUCCUGUUAUUUUUGUUUAUUAUUUGCAUUGUUAAAGUCACAGUUUGAAGAAUGCCAAAGAUCUGUGGUGCAUCUACUUGUCAGCCAUUUUAAAAUAUGUAUAUACAUAUGUUAAAUUUAUGCCUCAGUGAUGUUCCUUAACAACCAGAGAAGUUGGACUAGUUACAUAACUGAAUCACAUGCAGAAAUUUUUAAAAUGUCAGUUUCAGCCCUUAUAUAAGUGUUUAUCUUAUGUUCCUCUACUUAAUUUGUGAGAGCUGGUAUCAUUUUUAGUCUUUGGGAAAGUUCAGCAUUGUUUUUGCUGUACAGAUUGAACUUAACUUUUUUUUCCAAAUUUUCUUUGCUAAAAUUACUUUUCCUCAUCUAGUGAUGAAGUAUGUAACAGUACAGCACUGCUACCUGAUGAAUAUGAAGAAGUCUGGUGGCCUGGAAUCAUAAGUUGUUAGUUGGUCUUUUUAGUUUCAUUGUCACUCAGGGUGAAAGAGGUAGACUUCUCCCAAGAAUUUAUAACAGACUAGAUUUUAUUUACAUAAAAUUCCUUUCUGGGGCCCCCAAUUUUCUAGUUUUUCAUUUCAUGAUUUUUUUUUUUCCCCCCUCACUAGAGCUGUUCAGGGACUGAAAAUGUUCUCCUGUAAAGAUAAAAUCAUUAAGUGAUUUGAUUUUGUGACAAUAUUUUAUGUUUUAAUUGAAGUAAUUUUGUGGUGUCGUCAUAUUUCAGCAAAACUGGCAUUAAAGACCUUUAAAACUUUGUGGAUUUCAGUUUUAACAAAUCACAACAAGAUUGCACUUCAGCAAAUUCAGUAAACAAAUUUUCUUGUAUCAAAUAAAUUAGUUAUUCUAUCAUAGUGAUAAGGAAAUUAUUCUUUAAAAAUAUCAUGGGGUAGUUGCAUUUUUCAAUAAUUAUGACAUAUGCAAGUAGAGGAUUUCUUUGUUGAGAGAGUCAGUCACUUGCUCAAAGCAAAGAUGCAGCUGACAUACUUAUGGAAGCCCCCAGACAUCAAAGUGUCCAGCAAAGGAGUAGGAUUAUGUAGAUAGUGUACAGUCGUUGUAGACUUUUUAUACAGUGUAAAUGAUAUUUUUAUACUGUCCUUGACAUCCCUACAGAGGUAUGCAGUGUAGAUGGGAGGGACAACCUUUCAUGGUUGAUUUGGAACAUCAAUUUAUUUGUUUGAAAAAUCCACUUACCACCUGUAAGUUAUAACAUCAAUGGAUAUGUGCUUCUCUUGUCAGUUUCAGAAAGCCUAAUUUUCCUACACAGUCUACUUGAAAAAUUGUGCCUCAAUUCAUAACUGUUAGAGAGAGAUAUCCAUUGAUUUUAUUCCUUUCAGAUUUUUUGUUCUUAUUUUAUAAUUAUUAUAAUUUUAUUUAAAUCUUUUUUUUUCUAAGGUUGGCAUCUCAGUAAGACAUUAUCAAGUUUCUAAACCCAAUCUAUCCAAUGAGACUUCUAAACUUUCAAGGUUUAGAGUAGAUAGUAUAUUCAGUUUUUCUUUCUUUCCAAUCUGUUACUCAUGGGAUGUGAGAGUGGUUGUGGUGUCAUGGAACAAUGGGACAAACAACACAGUUUGAGAAUAGAGGACAAAGGUGUUUAUAUAAAAGUGAUAUAAAAUACACUCUAUUUCCUGUGGA